AUGGGAGGCGCUAGCAGCUACAUCGCGAUGUUGAGCAUCGCGGGCUUCCUUGGGGCCGCAUGGACAGCCAGCAAAGUCUCCCGGCUGUUGGGGAUUUCCUCCAUCGUCCUGGAGAUCACUGUCGGAGUUGCUCUUGGCCCCAGGGGUUUCGGCUUGGUCGAUCCUGUCUACACCGUUUGCGAGACCAAGCGAGUUGAUGACUGCACUGCGCCAGACGAUUUGGAACAUCGCAUCGCGCACGGACUGCCUUUGGGACCGACAUUGGGAAGAAUUGCCGGCAUGGAUGUCUGCAAUCCUGCAGACUAUUCUCAUGGAGACCACGGCCAUGGCAGCCACGGCAGCGGCUUGUUCAACAUGACCGUUGACUAUGUUGGCGGGGCACAGCCGAUGGAGGAUGCGCAUGCGUCCGACCACAGCGAUGGAGAACACAGCAGCGAGCAUGAAGCUGCAAUGCCCAUGGACGACGGAAGCCAUGCAGCAGGCCACUCCGACAGCCACGCCAGCGACAGCCACGCGAGCGACAGCCACGAAAGUGGACAUGGCUCGAGUCACAGGCGGCUGUCUGGUGGCCACUACCACAGCUACUCUGAGUGCUUGGUGAAAGAGUGCGAGCAUGAAGUGUCGGAGAGCUGUGGCAGCUUCCCCGACUUCUUCACCUUGAUCGGCCAUGCAGGUGUUGGCUUGAUGAUCUUCGAAAGCGGAAUGCACUUCGAUUUCGAGAAAGCCAAGAUCGUCGGCCUGCCUGCCUGCUGCGUCGCCGUCCUCGGCACGAUCCUUCCACUGAUCGUUGGUAGCGCUUUGACGGUGCUGUUUGGACGACCCUUCAUGCCAGAUGGAAUCUCCGCAGGAACUGCGCUGGCUCCGACAAGUGUGGGCAUCGCUUUGCGGCUCCUCGGCGAGGCGGGCGUCCUCCAGGAGAACUUUGGCCAGGCCAUCAUCACCGCAGCUUUCGUGGACGACAUCCUCUCGCUGGUGCUCUUCAACGUGUUAUUCAGCUUGGGCGGUGAGUUCGACAUGUUCAAGACUGUGAUCGCCCCGAUCAUUGGAGUGGCCUUCAUGCUUUUUGCCAUGUGGUUGGCAGUUAAUUUCUGGCCAAAGUUCCUCCCCCAAUACAUUCUGGCCAGGGUACCAAAGAAGAAGGACGCACAAGCGAAGAUCUCCGCGCAGGACGAGGCCCUGUUUCUCUUCAUGUUCGCUUUGCUGUUUGUGUAUGCCACGAUCACCCACUUCCUCGGAACCCACCUGUGGGGAUGCUUCAUCGCUGGGAUGUCUUUCGCUUGCUUGCAUCCGCCUCAUCAUGCCCACCAUGUUUGGGUGAAGCAGACAAAGCGUGUGACCUCCUGGAUGAUCCGCAUUUUCUUCGCCGGCACCGUGGCUUUCACCAUCCCCUUGCAGCAGUUGAUGUCUAUUGAAGCUUUCUGGAAAGGCAGCAUCAUGGGGAUCUUCGCGUGCAUUGGAACAAAGGUCGUUUGCGCACCGUUCAUGGGCAAAGCACGCUGGGUCAUUGGCUGGGCCAUGGUCGGGCGAGCGGAGUUCGCGUACUUGAUCGCGCAAAUGGCACUCUCUGCCGGGAUGCUGGAUGCAGGGACCUUCUCCAUCGUGAUUUGGGCGCUGCUCUAUGCCACCAUCUUCGCACCCUUCAUCUUCAGGCUGCUUCUGAAUCGAUAUGUGGCCUCAGAGGGGCUCGGCGACGGGGCUGCGGGAACUGGAUUCAGCGAUUCGGACUCGGAUAUUUGGGGCGAGGAGAAGGAGAACAGUAAGAAAGACGAAGACGACCUAGAGGACAUUGACGUUGCAGGGGCAUUGGGGAAAAACAAACCUACAGAGUACGGACAGUCCAGCCCGGGUGGUGAGAUGAAAGCCGUAGAUGCCAGGGCUGUUCGUAAUGCAGACGACAAAGGCAAGAGUGGCUUCCUUUGCUGCCUGUUCUUCAAGAAGGUAGUGGUCCACUAA